AUGAUAAUAAUCGCCAAGUUUACAACGACAAAAAAAAGUUCAAAAAAUUUUCGGUUAACGGCAUUAAGAGAUGAGAUGGAAAAUUCAAUGGGAAACGUAGAUGUGAAUUCGAAAAAAUCCGACUCAAAUGAAUCAGUUGUUGUUAAAACUGAAAACGAAAUUAAUGGAAUCAAAAUUGAAAAUUUACCUCCUUGCUUGAUCGAAAGCAAAGAAAAAUCAUUAAACGAGCCAAAUCAUCAAUCGAAAACAUGCGAAAAUGGGAAAACGGUCGAAAGUCACGUGACGAGCGAUCUCGCGAAUCUCUCGGGAAAAACAUCCGCGUCACGUGAUGAUGACGUGUCUAACAACAAGGCAACUUCGGCACCUGUUCAACCGGAAUCGAAUGUUGUGCCGGAAGCAACUGGAACCACUUCUCAAAGUGGACCCGGCUGUGUCCAACCUGCUCCUCCGGUUUCUCAAUCGUCUCCUAAUUUUCCACAGCAAGUGUCCAUUAUAAAAACUCCACCCACUCCGGAUGCAUUAGCGGAAGGUGAUAAAAAUAAUUUUGAAAAUGACAAUAGCGAAGAAAAGGUUGAAAGUGUCUGUGAUAGCGAUAAACCAAAAAAUGAUCAAACCAUUACUUCUCCUCCUGCAACUCCGGAUACGAGCGCCGUCGUGCCUUACUGUGAUGUAUUUCAACAAGUUAAAACAGGUGGAAAACACGAAGACAAUCAUCCGACCCCCGCAGAACACAGGAAAAACGUUGAAGAAACAAUUAAAAAACAAACGGAAGCAAAAUCACCUCAGUUUCCUCCGAUACCCUUGCCGGAAAGUCCGACAAAAGUCGUUACGGAUUGUUUUGCGAUGUCUACUGCUGUCGACUCGUCGAGCAAGGGAGAAAUGGAAAACGAAGAACCCUGUCAGAAAACAUCUCGAUCAAACUCGAUUAAAGAAGAGGGAAAGUCAAAAAAGGGAAUGAUAUCUAAAAUAUUGGAAAUCGUGGGAGUGAGUCCGAAAGAUAAAAAAGAAGAUGAAAACGGGACGCCCACGACGGUUUUCUACGACGCACCGCAACAAGAGGAACAAAAGGGAAAUAAAAAAAACUCGAAUAAAAAACAGGACAAAGGAAAAAAAGAAACGGACAAUGGUUCCCAAAAAUCCCAAGUCAAAUUACCCGAAUCGGAAAAAUCGAAUAAGAAUGGAGAAGAUUCGUCGGGAAGCAAUUCGAGCGAACAGCAAGAGCAACAAAAGCCGGGUAAAAAAAAUUCGAAGAAAAAUAAAGGAAAGGGAUCUAAAGUCCCGGAGGAAACAGCGGAGAAAAAGGAGUGUCCGUCGGUGGAAAAACUCGAAGGUGAAAAAAAAUCAAUGAAUGAGAAAAAGGUAGACGAUGUGAAACCGAAAAUCCCGCAAACAGCACCCGUUUCAAAAGAUGAUAGUCAAAAAAAAAACUUGGUGGAAAGUAAAAUAAUGGAUGAAAUAGAUACGAUAUUAGACAAAGCAAAAUCAGUGGUUCAAAGUCAACUGGAAGAACAGGGUAUCCUCGGCACUCAAUCUUCCGGACAAGAAGUCGGGAGCUUGAUGGCGGCACCAAAAGAAGAAACCAAAGUCGACGAGCAGAUGCAAAAGGACAACAAAAGUUCUUCUCAACAACAAGACAAACAAAAACAAGGCGGCGAGUCGAAACAAAAAAAACAAGAUUCGCGGAAACAAGGAGCACCUGCACCACCUCAGCCCAUUCCGACGGGCGACAAUACGGUGGAAUGCGAAGAGUUGAAAGUAACAAGCGAAGAAGACAGAAAGAAAAACAAAUCGCAACAACAGCCAUCUUCGAAAUUGUCCGAUCAAAUUUUGAAAGCGAUUCCACCGCCCCGAAGGAAAGCGAUAUCGGAAUCUAAAGCAGAAGCGGAAACGGAAACUGCAACUUCCGCUUCGAAAUCAAUGCCGAACACUCCCGUCGCCCCAACAACAACAACAACAACAGCGGAAUCGAAGGGCCAAGAAGAAACGAGGAGCUCGCCGGAAGAAACGACAUCAUCCGAUCAACAAUCCGCUACCGAACCCCAACAGAAAGGAGGUUCAAAAGGAAAACAAACGAGUGGUCCCGUACCGCCGCCUAGAAAUCGAUCUAAACCCGGGCCGCAGCAACAACAGCAAAAUCAAGGUCAUCAUAAUAAUCAAAAAGGAAAACAACAUGGCUCGCAUAAAAAGUAA